AUGAAUAAAGAAGUGUGUAUAAGAUUCAAGAAUGUAAGUAAAUGGUUAUCUCAUGAAGUGAUUAAAGGAAUUGAUACAAAUUUUGAUGAACAUUUUGAUGAAAAUUUGAAAAAAUAUUGUAAUAAAGGAUCAUGUGAAGAAGGAUCAGGUGAUGAAGGAUCAUGUGAUGAAGGAUCAUGUGAUGGUCCUUUCGAUAAAAUUAGUGCUGGAUGUUUAUAUUUGUUUGAUGAGUUCUUUGGGGGGUAUGAAUCGUUUAAUGAUGUUGCAAAAAGAAAAAUCAAUAUUGUUGAUUACAUUUUGAUAUGGUUAGGGUAUAUGUUAAACCUUAUCAUAGAUAAAGACAAUGGCAGUAUAGAGACUUUUUAUAAUACAUAUAUAAAUAAUUAUGAUAAAGAUAAUAAGUAUAAUAAGAGAAUAACAGGUGUUACUGGUUAUGAGACUUAUAAUGAACUUGUAGAUAUAAAAGAAGAUUUGAUGAGUAUUGAUAUUAAAGAUAUGUCUAAAUUUUAUGAUGCAUUUAUAUUAUUAUGUGACAUUUGUACUGGGGUUAAUGAAGAAAAUAAAAAUUGCGAUACAUUUUCGGAACAAGCUGAAGAAUUUGUUGAAAAAUAUGAUGAACUUAAUGAAGAGUAUUAUAAUGGUAUAAACAGCCCCUAUAAUCAAUUAUUAUCUACAUUAUCAGAUGAUUAUUAUAAUUUACAAAGUACAUGUUAUGAUUUUCCAUUACUUCCAACAUAUUCACGAAAAUUUGUAAUAAAAAGCACACUAAUUCCAAUUGCAUUUAUAUUUGUUGCAGUAUCAAUUUUCUUGGGAAUUGCAUAUAAGUAUUCGUUACUUGGAUUUCGGAAACGAUCUCAAAAGCAAUGUUUAAGAGAAAGAAUAAAAAAUAUAAAGAAGAAACUGAUCAUUAAUAAAUUAUUCUGA